AACUGUUACUAAAUUAUGUUAAUAUGUUUUACUCCGAUAGAUCAUAUAAGAAGCUGAAGAAAAGUAGAAGUUCUCCUAACACUAAGUUCAAUUAUAAUGGACAAUUACCAAAAACAACCGUUAAAAUUGUACGUACAAGAUAUUUUUCGCGCUAAAAGGACAGAAGGAAAUAAAUAUAUUUACGAAAUCUUCGGUAUUAAAUUUAAGAACAUUAUGAUACACGGUGUAGUCACGUCAAUGUACAAUACCACGACAAAAUCAACUAACUUUGAAAUAAGCGAUCCUACUGGCUGUGUGCAAGUUUACUACGACUCAACGAAAAAUAACACAGCUGUGUCCGAUGCCACCAUGAAAGACCUUGUGAAAAAUCUUUCAAUAAUUUCACGAAGAGGUGACGAUAACGCACCUACCAUGGCGGCUUUAUUGAAUUCCAUAGAAAAGAAACAUUUUAAUUCAUUUGAUUUUGUUGAAGGUUCUAAUGUGAGUGUCAUUGGUGAUAUAUUUAUUGACGAUUUAAAAAAUACAAGAAUGCUAUCCGCUUAUCAAUGUAAGACUACAACAGUGGAAAGGGAUAUAGUUUGGUUGGAAGAAUUGAAGUAUAUUUAUAAUAAAUAUUAUAUACCGAAUAUGGAUCUUAAACAAUAAUAGAAAUAAUUAUAUAGUUUGUUAUUUAGUUAAGGAUUGUUCAUAUUUAUUGCA